AUGGGGAAUUUAAAGGAACUUUCAGGGGCUCAGAAACGCAAUAAGAGAAAAAUCCAGAGCGAAAAACAAACAGCUAUCAAUUCAAAGAUCCCGAAAAUAACCAACUUGUUUCGUGCAGCGGCAGAAACUACCAGUAAUGAGUGCGUUGAGCUUGAAUCCGAACCAUUACCAACUUCUUCGACUUCGAACGAGUCCGAAGAAAUUUCUUCAAGAGGAUCAUCAUCAUCACCCGUACAACAGGAACAGGAUAAUUUGAAAAGUAGUGAGUCAGCUGAAGCCCCAGUUGAUACUGAUCGCAUUGACCAUAUGUUGACGGUUUCUUCGAGUAAUACUGAUAACAUAUUAGAUAGAAAAUAUACAGAACUGAAAGAUUUUGAUCCUUGUAAUACUUACCCAUCAGAUCGUGGACAUUUCAAAAACGAGUUAUCUAACAACUUAAUUGAAGUUCUAGCUAGGCAUGGCAGUUGCCAACCGAGUAAAAUGAUUAAAAUCGAGAGUGGACAGACAUUUAAUCCUGCACAUUAUUAUUAUAGGAAUUUGAAAUUAUUUUCUGUGAAAAGGGACUGGUUUAGCUGCUCAGAGAAACUAGGCACUGUAUAUUGUCACAAUUGCUGGUUGCUGGCACGGAAUACUUCAAAUAACAAAGAUAGUCCAUGGAUAGAUGGCUUUAUCCCAAACACAAAGCGCCUGAAGCAAAAUUGA